AACACGCGACGGACCUGAAUGCGAUCGAGCUGCAAGUUAUUCAAAACCACGUGUACAAAUUACCGCGGCACUUCAAUCACUUUAACUAACAAAACAAAAAACUCUAUUUCACCGAUCCAAAAAGCCUAUCUACACGCGUAUCUAAAACCUCUGAUCUCCUGUGUUAAAAAAAUGAACGUGAACGUGAACGUGAAUAAAUAAAAAUCGUACCUUAAUAAAAUCCUGUCGCCAAGAGACUCGAUCGAGCGCGAUUACUGUAUAAAGGAUUUACGAUUACCGUGAUAUGAAGUAAUCGUGACGAUCUUAAACCCACGUGCCCUUGUUCGAACGCCUCGACACUUCGAAAUGGGGGACUGUUCGCGCGCGAGGGUUGCUGGAAUUUAAAAGACCAUAUUGACGAGUCUUUGAAGAAACACAGCUGCAGUCGAAAGGUUGGAAUAAAAAUCACCGCAUUCCAACACUAGUUGCAAGCUCAGCAGUUGGUAUCCCUGGUGGGGAUCAGGCAUGUAUAAAAUACGGGGGACCACCGUGUGUGCGCCCCCUUCUGGAGUGUUCUGCAGCGAACCGUUAUGUGAAGUUACGUUUAACUGGAGUUGCACGUGUUUAAAUAUAACGGAUUGAGUCCAUCGGGCAAAAUGAUCACCCAAACGAAACUCUGGUGGAAACUUCUUUAUUCCGGGCAGCAUAAAGCCAUAUUUGCAGGACUGGCCGCGCAUUCUGGCCAGAUCUCCGUGGGGCUUGGUCAAGGGUUCAGCGCCAUUUUGAUCCCGCAACUGCUACAAACCGAAUUCGCGGAUCAAUCUCAAAUCUCGUGGAUAGCAUCUUUGGGCGUGGUAUCGAACCCUUUGGGAUCUUUGAUCGCCGGAUUGUGCGCCGAAUGGUUUGGAAGGAGAUCUGCCAUCGCGCUGGCUAGUUUGCCGCACGCCGCUGGUUGGCUCUUAAUAGCUUUAUCGAAGAAUGUGCCCAUGUUAUACGCAGGCAGAUUCGUCAGUGGAAUCGGAAUGGGCAUGGCGAAUGGCCUCUAUCUUUAUGUCAGCGAGACUGCAGCACCAAAUCAGAGGGCCUUCCUUGGAAGCUGCGGACCCGUUUUAGUUUCCCUCGGUGUUCUGAUAAUCUACACGCUGGGUGCGUUUACAACGUGGCAAAGAGCCGCGGCGAUUAGCAUCGGACCAGCUAUUCUUUCCUUGGCGCUGGCACGGAUGAUUCCCGAGACACCAGGGUGGCUAGUGGCCAGAGGACGAAGCGAGGAGGCGAAGGAGUCGUUGCUAUGGUUGCGAGGGCCCGGUUUGAGCACCGACAACGAGUAUCAAGGCUUGUGCGAGACGAACUUCAAGAGGGAAGAAAAGAAAGAGAGUCUACUGAAAGCUCUCCACAUGCCCAGCGUUUGGAAACCCUUUCUAAUUCUUGUCGCCUUCUUCGCGUUUCAACAAAUGUCCGGAAUGUACAUAAUCCUCUUCUACGCUGUGAGCGUUCUGGAAGACAUCGACGUGGACAUCGACUUGAACGAGUACUCGGCGAGCGUCGGUAUCGGUGUGAUCAGAUUGUUCGCCUCGAUCGUCGGCGCGGUUCUCGCGAACAGCUUCGGCAGAAAAGUCCUAGCCUUCGCCAGUGGCCUAGGAAUGGCGAUCUCUGCCGUGGGCGUCGCUCUGGCCUUCAGGUUGAAGCUACCAUCGACAUUGUCUCUGAUAUGCAUUGGGGGUCACGUGGGGUCGUCGAUGAUAGGAUUCCUCACUUUACCCUGGGUGAUGACCUCCGAGCUGUACCCACUGAGGUUCAGGGGACCUCUGGGUGGCAUCACCACCUGUUUAGUACAGAUAUUUACGUUCGCCAUCAUUAAACUCUAUCCGGAUCUACGUUCGCUGGUCAGUAUGGAGACCACAAUGUGGAUGUUCGGUGGAUUCAGCCUCUUAGGAGCUUUGUUCGCCGUGACCAUUCUGCCAGAGACCAGAGGUCGAAGCCUCGACCAGAUAGAGAACGGAUUCUCCAGUAAACCAGCAUGGAACAAGGCUCGUCAGACUCUGCCAACUAUCUCCACGCAGCCAAGGAACAUCACCCUUCAGAGAUUCUCCUCUAUAUCCGAGGAGAAGCAUCCCAACAUGGUGGCAAACGUCUAUGCCUAUGACAAUUUCUGUUUGGAUCUGUCCCACGACGACAAAGAGAAAGCUAACAAGAAUUCCCCUAAAGACUCUGACGCGAGAAGCGACGUUAUACGUAACAUCUCUUUGGAACAUGUUUAUCUAUGAUGAUCGAUGCGUUCGUUCUUGCGAAUUUAACCCCUUAGCUUACAAUUACGUCUCAGAGACUUGAUAAGUCUACCUGGACCAAACCUUGGUGGCCCUUUUGGAAAUUAAAUUGUAAGGCAAGGGGUUGAACCAAAGAG